ACAGGUGUGCUGGGGGGGGGGGCACAUCAAGGUUUCAUGCGGUGAGGCCUGCGGGCCGACAGGGCUUUGCUUGCAAACGCUCCCUGGACGCCGCCAGACACCUCUUUGGGCUCCAACAGCCAGCCAGGAGCUUCUCUGGGGCUCCAGCUCCAUGGAUGUCUCUGCCGGUUCCUCCUUUUCUCACCCAGGCUGGGCGCCUGGGCUGAGCACAUGGACCCCUCUCCUCCUGACCACGAGCCUUUUCUUGGAGAUGGCUUGAAUGUGGUUCAUCUCACUCGUGUUUGGAGACCGCAGAAAGCAGGAGCAGCUGCUGCUACAGCCAUGAAGAAGAUGUUCUCCUGUUCCAGUAAUCAAGUGGCGGUAGAGAGCUGGAACAAGCAUGACCAGAAGCUUUUUGACGCUGUCGAGAAAGGCGACGUGGGGCGAGUAUCCGUCCUCGCUUCCAAGAAGACAGCCAAAGCCACCAAACUGAAUGCCCUGGGGCAAUCUGCAUUCCACCUGGCGGCCUCCAAGGGGCUCACGGAAUGCCUCACCAUCCUGCUCUCUUAUGGGGCCGAUGUUAAUGAUAAGAAUGACGAUGGCAACACAGCCCUGCAUUUGUCCACCAUCGCUUGCCAGCCUCAGUGCGUGAAGGUCCUUCUGCAGCAUGGAGCCAAUGAAGACUGUGUAGAUGGGGAGAACCGGACGCCACUACAUUGGGCGGCCAUCUCCGGGUGUGCUUCCAGCGUGCUGCUCCUGUGUGAUCAAGAGGCCUUCCUGGACGUCAUGGAUAAUAAUGGACGGACGCCUUUGAUGAUUGCUGCCCAGGGGAACCAGCCUGCCAUCUGCUCCCAGUUGCUGCAGAGAGGGGCCAAGGUUGACCUCAUUGAUAAAGACGGAAAGACGGCUCUCAUCCUUGCCUGUGAAAGUGGAAGCACCGAGUCAGCUGAGCUGCUUCUGCAGAAUGAGGCCAAUGUGACGCUUCUUGACAAGACAGGCCACGACUCCCUCUACUACGCCACGCAGGCCAAGAAUCGCAAACUGAGGCGGCUGGUCCGGACUGCCCUGAAGAAGUGGAAGAAAAGAGAACUAGGAUUCGAUUAUUCAUCAGAGACUGGUUCACAGGUUCCAUCUGAGAGUGGGAGAGAGACUGAUGUGAGCAGCCUGAAUCUCCAGAGUGAAGUCGGGGACCAAAGCGAUGAUGAAGAAGAGGAGGAUCCUGAGUUGAAGGAGUGGAGGAGCAGGUACCGAGAUGAGAAGAUGAAAGUAAUCCAGCUGGAACUGCAGUUGGACCAGAAAAGGAAAGAAUGCGACACCCUCUUGGAAGGGUGCAAAGUGACGAAGGAAAGGGUCUGGGACCAGGUGCAGGAGAUCAACCAGCUCCUUCCUGAGGGUGGCGGAGGGAGCCAGGGCUGUCAGGAGCUGAGCCAACGGUACAGCCGCGAUGCCACGGAAGAAGAUUACUACCUCAACCUCUUGGCCGCGCAAGUGCAAGAGCUGAAGAAGAGGAGGAAGCAGCAGCAGCAGGAGGAAGAGAAGCUUCAGAAAGAGAAAGCCAAAAUGGCAGCUGUGCAAGAAGCAGGAAAAGAGGAGCCGAAGGCCCCUAUGGCUCAGGAGGAGAAAGUCCUAUGGCCUGGCGAGGAGGAGGCCGAAGAACGGAAACGCCACGAUGAGGAGCUGAAGCGCCUCCGGGACGAAAUUGUGGCAGCCCUCCAGGAAAAAGAGAGUGCUGCAAGGAGGGUGCAGGAGAUGGAGGGACACAUGGAGAACAUGAGGGCCGUGAUCAGCGUCUAUGAGGCAAAGAAGAAGGCCCACAGCGGGACGCUGAAGGAGCUAGAGGCCCGUGCGCUGGAGCUGGAAGGUGAGAACCAGCAGUUGCGUGGGCUGCUGGCAAAGCACCUGGGAGAGUGUGAGAAGCUGGAGAAGCAAGAGAGUGGGCUCCCCCCCGGGGAGAAGCUGUCCCAGUUCCUCACAGAGAUGGAGGAGGAAUAUUCCAGAGCGCAGAGGGAGAAUGCUGAGGUGGCUUCCGAGAACGAGGCCCUGAAGCGGGAGGCAGAGGAGGCCCUCAGGAGCAAGCUGCAGUUUCAAGCGGUGCCAUCGGGGGCCGUCAAGAGGAGUGUGUCUGCCUGGAAGAAGAUUGUGGUGGGUCUGGAAGGCGCCCUGACUAAGUUGGAGCAGGUGAACUCUGCUCUCCUGGAGAAAGCCAGGCCUCUCCGGGAAGCCAUCUUGGCCUCCGGGUCCAGAGUUGUGGCCAACAGGAACGGGUAUCACAGAAAAGAAGAGAAUGGUAUCAUGGAGGAUGAGGAGAAGCUGCCCGUGGGUGAUACCAAACCCCCUGAGGAACUCGGAAAAGCCGGGAAAGGCAAGAGCCAGCUCCCUGAGGGCUCUUCCGGGCAGGUCAAGCUCAGGCCAAAGCCUGAGGUGGCAGAAAACAAGGCCCGCCCCUGCAGGAAGAGCUCCGACCUGGAGAAGGAGGUGUGGGACCUCAAGCAGAACAACGGCAGCCUCGUGAAGGAGCUGGCAGAGCUGAGCAGGGAGAGAGAGAAGCUCCAGGAGCAGCUGAAGGGUUUGUGCUCUCCGAAAGAUGGACCCGCCGAGGCAGAGGCACCAGGGAGCUUGGUGGAAGAGCUGAAGCAGACGGUGGACUCUCUGAACCAGCAGCUCUCGGCUGAGAGCGAGGAGUCGAGGAAGCUGCGCCUGAGGCUGGAGGCCCAGAGGAAGGAGAUGGUAUCUGUGAGGGACACCUUCCUGAGGCAAAUGUCCAAAGAGGCUGGGCAAUUGAGGCCAGAGAACCUCGACAGCUGCAUCUUGAAGGAGCUGCACUGGAAGCUGGACAAUGUGGUGAAGAAGCAGAACGAGGCCUUGCAGCUGGUGUCCGAGAUGGAGGAGGAGAGCCAUGCCCUCGAGGUGGACCGCAGCCUCCUUGCCAACCACAACGGCCUUGACUUGUCCAUGGCGGAGGACAGGGCCUGGCGGGAAGGCUCCUCCGAGGCCUCAGAUGCCAUCGGAGACAACUGGAAGGUCAGGCAGCGGAUGAGCGAGCUGGAGGAAGGCCUGCAAGAGCUGAAAGGGGUGUUAGAAGCCAUCCAGGUCUCCCUGGGAGGAAGAGGCAAGGAGGCCGCCCAGCUGAAGGAGGUGCUCGAUCGCCUCGUCACCAAGAUGGCCGAACUGCGCCAGGAGGAAGAGGAGGCCCUCAGGAAGCACGAGAAAGUCCGUGGCAUGCUGUCCGUCAGAGCGCAAGCCCUGGGAGAGGAGUUGGCUGCCCUUCAGGAGAAAUACGAGGAAGCGAGCGGGGAAUGCUCCCGCCACAAGGAAGACCUUGCUUCCGAAAGGCAGAAGAAUGAGGAGCUCAUCGCUGAGGCUGUUGAGCAUGAGGAGGAGGUGGAAGAGCUGAGAGGGAAGUCCCAGAUGAUGGAAAGCGCGAUGGAGAAGAUGAAUAGGAAGAUGGAAGAGCUGGCCAGGACCUGCCAGGACAGAGAAGGGAAGAUCAGGAAGUUGCUGAAGGAAACGGAGAAGCUUUCGAGCGAAGUUCUUAAUCUGCGCAGCGAACGAGCCCGCCUCCAGCUGCAGAAUGAAGUUGUCCAGAAGAACCACCAAGAGAUUGUGGCCAUCUACAGAACACACCUGCUCAACGCAGCCCAAGGUUUCAUGGACGAGGAAGUCCAUGCGAUGCUGCUGCGGAUCCUGAGGACAAACGAUGGUUGACUGGCAAAUUUCCAGGCCUCCCACUUUCCCUUCAUGUUCCGUUCCAUGGCAGAGGCUAAUACCAGGAGGGCAAGAAGAAUCCUGGCCUGUGGUUCCUGCACCUUUCUGGCAUCAAGACACCGGUUCACACACACACACACACACACACACACACACACACACACACACACACACACCUACACACACACACACACCCUCUUCCCAGAAGUCAGUUUUGAUUUCCGGAGUUGUCCAAGUGGCAAAUCUAUGUGCUAGGGAGCAAAGAUCCCAUACCGUGAUUCCCACCCGUGUGCUGUGCUGGGAAUUUUUGUAUGUAAAAUAGUCUUAUAUCUUCCUCUGUCUCUCCCCCCCUGAAAAUUUUCUUUUUAAAUUAUUAUUAUAGAAUUGGUAAUUUGGACUGGGCUGGUGAACAGAAAGGAGAGUGAACAACGGUGGUAAAAGAGAGACUAUAAGGGAAGAGAAUAAAGAAACAGCCCCAUCUUAUUCCAGGGCGAUGGGCCUUCGCCUCAAGGCAUUUUGGUGCCAGAGAUGGCGAGAUGCCCCCUCCAACCACACAGUUGACAGUGGGCCCCGGUCCACCCCCUGGGGUCAAGACCCAACAUACAGGGCCAGAUUAAGACCUUUAGAGGCCGCAAGCAACGGACAGAGUAUGGUGCCCUCUCCCGCAUAUUAUUUAAAACAGGCACGUCCAACAGGUAGAUCGUGAUCUACCGGUAGAUCACUGGACGUCUGCGGUAGAUCACUGGUAGAUUAUUGGCUCCCUCCAAAGAAGCUGAACAACUGUGGCUCCCCUAAAAAAAAGCUCAAACAUUUUACCUCCUCCCUGAAAAAACUCAACAACUUUGACCCCCCCCCAAAUGGGCCUUCCUACUUCCUAAAGGGGGGGGGGUUAGAUCACUGCCAGUUUUUAACUCUGUGAGUAGAUCAGUCUCUUGGGAGUUGGCCACCCCUGGUUUAAAAUAAAAAUCAUGCUAUAAACCGUAAAAAGAAAAUGUUUUUUAAAAAUAAAAAUUGAUCAAUGUUAGUAGGACACCCCCUGACUCUAGGUAGAGAUCAGAAACAAAAAGAGAGCAGAAAAAUUGGGGAAGACAAGUGUGUAAUGGAGGUUAAGGGCACCCAGAGGGCUUCACCCAGAGUGUGGAUUUGAACUCGGGUCCUAGUCGUCUGACACUGUAACCUGUGCCUGGGGUCUCUGGCAGAGUGAACAUGAGAGGAGCCUUCAGCGGAUCAGGCCAAGGGCCCAUCUAGUCCAGCAUCCUGUUCUCACAGUGGCCAGCACCUGAUGCCUGUGGGAAGCCUGCAAGCUGGAUUUGAGCACAAGAGCUUUCCAGUAAUUGGUAUUCAGAAGCGUUGCUGCCUCCGGCCCUUGGACCAUUGUGGCUAGGAGCCAUCAAUCACCCUCUCCUCCAUGAGCCUAGUCUGCCUAUUGGGUGAUCCAGAACUGCCCGCUGUAAUGAACGGGAGCAAUGCACUUGUGCUACUCCUGUUCAUUUCAGCAAGGCUUACGUGAGAGGAUGCACCAUUGCGGACUGGGUCCCACGUGCCUCUGAUCUGCCCAUCUCUGCCAUCCAUAGUAGUGCCUCACAUCCAGUGUCUAGGGCAGCUGCUUCCCCCUCCUCUGAAGGGAGGGUGCCUUUUAGGUUAACGGUUGAGCACUUCUGCAGUUGAGCACUUCUGCAAGGAUCACAGCUGGGACAGUUUGCAAAGAUGCAUCCUUCAUAAAACGUUGGCAGGUACCCCAAGGCCAUGCACUCUGACCUCUGCCAAGGAUUAUUUGUUUAAUCUUGUUUGGAUCUCCUAGAGAUGGGUGGUUGCUGCUGCUUCAUCUUAAAAAAGAUCUGUGCUACUGUGUAUUUAACAACUGUGUGAGAGAGCCUGCAUGCUUGUGUUUAGUUUUGUUUCUUUAAAAGAAAAAUGCAGAUUGCAUUGAGUCCUGCGGAAAGAGCUCAAAUAAAUUAUGUGUGCCUGGCAGAAAUGCCUUCA